AUGGCACAGCAGCCUUUAACCAAAUUGGGAAAGAAAGGUAAAAGCAAAACGGCCAAACUGGACACCACGCAGAAGAGCGAUAUCAAGGAAAAGCCUUACGUAGUCAAGGCGGUUGACUCCUCCAUCGCUAUACUGGAGAGCGUGGAGGAUGAUAUAGUUUUAGAAGCUUUACUACAUUUGUCAAAGUAUGUGGAUACCCAGAUGAAAGAUUUAAAUUUUCUCCAACAGCGCACCUUAUUGCAAAAGUUGCUAAAUCUCUUUAAUAGAAACAUAUGCAUACUGAGGUUAGUCCUGAGACUUCUGGGAAUUCUACUUACUGUUGAUGAUAUCAUGGCGGACAUGGACCAAGAUAUACACGACGAUAAAAUUUUGAAAAUAUCUAACAUGUAUAUAUCGCACACCGAUCCUUUGGUCAGACAAUUCUGCGUCUCGAUUCUAUCCAAACUAGCGGAAUCCGGCAGAAUUGUCUGUCUUAUAUUUAAAAUAGACUUGAUCAACCCCAUACUUGAUACCAUUCAAAAAACAAAGGAUGUGCUGUUACUUGAAGGGACUGUAGAAUUGUUCUUGAAGCUUUUGAAUGCUCCGGCCGCCCUAGGAAUUCUACCCGAGAUGUAUAAUUUCGAUAUUUCCAUUUUACUAAUGCAUUUGGAGAACUCUGAAAAGAAAAUAGCUUUUUUAUCAUAUGAGGUAAUCCACAAACUGACCGACUACUCCUUGGACGUGUUCCAAAAAAUGUUUAGGGAAGCCAAACUGAUUGAGAACAUGUUGGAGGUGGUGAUGAACCCCGAAAAACAAGUAUUUCACGAAAUCGCUUUCGAUAUAAUAUGUGACUGUAUGAAAUCCGAAGAAACUUCCAACUACUUCAUAGAAACGGUAGAGUUCUUAAAGUUCUGCCAUUGGGUCAAGUCCUGCAAUGUCGACUAUCUGUAUCCGAGCAUCGUGAUAUUGGAGCAGUUAACCAGAUUGCCCUCUAGAAGGCAAAUCCUGUUCGAUUUGUCUGUGGAAGAAUCAAUCAUGUACUGUCUGAGAAGUACGGAGAAACAUAUAUUGAACAAGACCUGCGAAGCCAUGUCCAAUAUGUCCACGCAUAGAUAUUGCGUCGAGAGAAUGCUCACCCCUAUUGUCUUGAAGGAGUUGUGUGUGAUGCUGCUUCGAAAGGACGAAGAAGAUCCUGGUAACGAAGUAGCAAUGAAAACACUUCUAGACUUCAGCAGAAGGAACCUAAAGACCAUAGGCAUGCUACACGCAUAUGGAGGUCAUAAGGUGCUUCUAAAUUACUUUAGGAGAGGUAUCGCCACAAAAGAAGAAAGCAUCUUGGCGAUACUCGAAAUAUUGUACAAAAUGGCUGUGCAUCCUUUAUAUCAACAAGAGAUAAUAGACGUACAUUUCGUUGGAAAACUAUUGCAUCUAUUUCAGACGUCGACUGCUAAGAUCGCUGCGUUUGUAAGCGAAAUACUGAUCAAUUUCAUUGGUUGGGCUAACUUCAGACAUCACUUUAUGUCAGCGAACGGCACACAAAUUUUUGUGGGGGCCGUACAGACCUCGAAAAACGUGCAUUUGCUGAGAAACGUUUUCCUCUUCAUUCACAGUUGUCUUAUACACGAGACAAUGGUGAACAGCUUCCUACACAAUAACCUAGUUCGAGUCUUAAGAGAAACUCCUGUCUACGCAAAGCUUCCUUUCGCCAAAUAUAUUCUCAAACACAUGUAUAAUUUUCACCUUCCCAUGAAGUUCUUCGAAAAUCGCAGGUUAGAUAUUACAGACAAAAUUCCAAACAAAUUCUACUUGAUUGAUGGACAGUGGAAGGGUCCUUUUCCUUUUUUGGAAAUUUUGGAAGCCACUCAGGUAUCCACAUUCUACACAAUUUACGUCGUGGACUACACGUUUGAAGUUAUAAAUAAUUUAGACGCACAUUCAGUAACCACUGAAUUGUUGGGUGGAUCCUCAACGUCCGACUGGAGCUUGGUGACGACCAUAUCCAAAGUGUUUACGGACACCUGUCAAAUUAACUACGGAAGACUCUCAUCAGACAUUUAUCUACCGAGGUAUAUCUAUCACAUCGGUAAGUACUUCGAGGAGGUUAAUUCCAUAAAGCAGAAAUUCAAACUCCUCGCGGAUUUCGUCGAUUCCUUACUGUGCGGACCAAAAAAAGGCUGUACCAAAGAGGAGAAAAUGAACAUUUUCAAACAACACAGAAAAGCGUUGAGAUAUAAACUAGGUACCAACUUAAUACCCAUUGGAUACCUGAGGAUUGGCUUCCACUGCGAACGAGCGCUGCUUUUCAAAGCGGUAGCGGACAAAUGCAACAUGCCCAGCACUUUGGUGAAAGGCAGACAGAAAAUUUUUUGGAACGAAGUCGCUCUACCCGAUCCUUACUGCAAAGACGACACGUUGGCUCUGUUCGUGGUGGACCUGAUGGACAACAUUGGGGAUUUGUUAAUGGUGGGGACAAGGGCUGCUAAUCGAUAUUGCGGAAUACAUACAUAA